UGGCCGCAAGCUGUCACAAAACGGGCCCCUGCCCCCUAGAGACCAGAGCUGACUGUGCAAGCGGAGGCUGUGGCAGUUGUGUGUUCCCUCCGCCUCCGACGUGUGUGUGUGUGUGUGUGUAUGUGUGUGACACGAUAAGCCCUUUUCCAUCGGCAAAGCAAAGGCGGCCCCGCUGCAAUCAAACGCACAGUCAAGUGUUUUUUAGUGAGAUAAAACAGCCCCUGCAAAGCAAAGACAGUCCAUCGGGCUAGCGACCCGGAGCGUUGGCAAGAUAAGGAACAGACAGACCUAAAAGCAAGCACGGGACAUAUACACACACAGAGACACCUAGCACCCGGCGUGGAAAGCAAAAUGGCCGGAAUGCAGCGAACCAUCGUCGGCCUAAUGGUGGCGGCCGCCCUGCUGGCCACGCUGGCCAGCGGUCACGCGGACACGGCGAGCGUCCACCUGACGAAGGACAACUUCCAGUCGGAGCUCGAGGGCAGCAGCUACUUCGUCAUGUUCUACGCCCCCUGGUGUGACUACUGCAAGAAGCUGGCACCGACCUGGGCCACCCUGGCGAAGGCCCGCAACGGCGACCCGGACGGGCUGGUCAAGAUUGGGCGCGUCGACUGCACGACCGACGGGGAUCUCUGCACGCAGCACGACGUCACCGGCUACCCGAUGCUGAAGCUGUUCCGCAAGGAUGGUGGCGCGGACGGCGCCACCAAGUACCGUGGGGCGCGCGAUCUCGCCCAGUUCAACGCGUUCCUGGACGAGCAGCUGGCACCGGCGGCGGGCGACGGCCCGGCCAAGGGCGCCGACCGGGACGGCGAGGACGGUGCGCAGGAGGAUGGCGGGCAGGCGGACGCCCCGCCCGCCCCGGUCUCGCCGCUGACCGAGCUGACCGAGGACACGUUCGCGAAGCACGUCUCGAGCGGCAAGCACUUCGUCAAGUUCUACGCGCCCUGGUGCGGCCACUGCACCAAGCUCGCGCCGACCUGGGAGGAGCUGGCCCGCAGCCUCGAGCACGAGCGGGACAUCCGCGUGUCCAAGAUCGACUGCACGCAGUACCGGCCGAUCUGUACCGACUUCGAGGUGAAGGGCUACCCGACGCUGCUGUGGAUCGAGGACGGCAAGAAGAUCGAGAAGUACACGGGGCCGCGCACGCACACCGACCUGAAGCAGUACGUGGCGCGGAUGGCCGGCGGGCUGAAGGAGGACGGCGCCCAGGGCGCCGAGCCGAAGGGCGAGGGCACGCUGGAGGGUGGGGCCGAGCGGGACGACAACCGGUCGGUGGUGGUGCAGCUGUCCGAGGGCGACUUCGCGCACGCGAUCGCGAAGGGCGUGACGGUGGUGAAGUUCUACGCGCCCUGGUGCGGGCACUGCAUGCGGCUCGCGCCGACCUGGGAGCAGCUGGCGGAGAAGCUGACCGCCCGGGACGGGGUGACGAUCGCGAAGGUGGACUGCACGGUCGACGCGAACAAGGAGCUGUGCGGCGAGCAGGAGGUGAACGGGUAUCCGACCGUCUUCCUGUACCGCGACGGCGAGAAGGUGACCGAGUACUUCGGGCACCGGUCGCUCGACGAUCUGCACGAGUUCGUGAUGCAGCAUCUGCAGGACAAUGGGCCGCACGAUGAGCUGUAAAAGACAGAGAGAGAGAGAGAAAGAGAGAGAGAGAGAAGUAGAGGGAAAGGUUCUAUCCGAUUCCGAUGUUCCGAUGCAUUUACUUCGUCGUAGCGGAGUUUGCAGGGGCAGUGGGUCCGUCUUUUAUUUUUUAAACCGAUAAAGACACGAAUGUGUACGUGUUUGUGUGUGCGUGUGUGUGAGUGUACGUCAGAUAAUGGUCUAUCACUUCGUUAAACUUCAAUAAAGGCGUGCUGUCCCUUAGUGAGCGUCGCUCGGGGUAAUGAUAA